UCAUUCAUUGCAUAUGCCAACCCCUCCAGAGAUACUUGUAUUCGAAACAUGGAGUCACAUCUUUCUUUCUUGGCUCACUUUUUUCUCGUCAUGAUCACGGUCACUGUCUAUGCUAGGCCAAAUCCUGAAGAAUAUCAACAAGACUUGCAUGUUCGAGGAGGUUCUUUGGUGUCACCUGAUGCCACAAAGAGAAGUGACUGCCACCAAAGAAAGUCCUCCAAUGAGGACUUGGAACCAAGGCCUGAUAUCUUGAUUUAUGAUAACAGUGUUGGUUUAAAAAGUAAGAAGACAUUUGUUGAAGAUUUUGAGCCAAUACCAAACCUUUCGGUUUAUGAAAACGGUGCAAGUGUAAAAGGUAAAAGGACAUUUGACGAAGAGUUUGAGCCGAGACCAAGUGCUACAGCAUACCAAGGUUAA